AUGGCGGGGACACGCAUGUCCAUAUCAGGACAUGGAAAAAUAUCUAAUUCAAAUUCUGCUAAUAACAUACCAUCUGCCUUUGAUGUUGAAGAUGAUAAGCCACUGGAUAGAAGUGUGUCCAAAAGUAACAAGGAUAAAGCUGAAUUUGAGAGAGUAAUUGCAGAAGUAGAGUUGAAAUUGAAAAACUCUAGGUUGAAGAAAGUCUCAUUUCCUCCUCCUAGUUCAAGUGCAUCAUUAGGUUUAUGUUUCAAUGAACCAAAGGAAAUCUAUGGAUCAAAAAAGAAGAGGUCAACUGCUAUAGGGAGUGGAAGUAGUAACCCUGUUAUGCAAGCAUUUAACAUUGGGGCUCGAGAACGAUUAAAUGGUGAGAUGGCUAGAAUGUUUUAUUCAGUAGGCUUGCCAUUUCAAUUGACAAGAAAUCCUUACUAUGUUAGUGCAUUUACUUUUGUUGCAAAUAACAACAUACAAGGAUAUGUACCGCCUGGGUAUAACAUGUUGAGAACUACAUUGCUUCAAAAAGAAAGGAUAAACAUUGAUAGGUUGUUAGACCCUAUUCGAGGCACAUGGAGAGAGAAGGGUGUGAGUAUAGCCAGUGAUGGAUGGAGUGAUUCCCAACAAAGGCCAUUAAUAAAUUUUAUGGGUGUUACCGGAGGUGGGCCUAUGUUUCUUAAAGCAGCUGAUUAUUCAGGAGAAACAAAGGACAAGUAUUUUAUUUCCAACUUGAUGAAGGAAGUAAUCAUGGAGAUUGGGCCUAAAAACGUGGUUCAAGUCAUUACAGAUAAUGCCCCAAAUUACAAGGUUGCGGGGCACCUAAUUGAAGCGCAAUUUCCUCACAUCUUUUGGACUCCUUGUGUUGUGUACACCCUCAAUCUUGCCUUGAAGAAUAUUUGUGCUGCCAAGAAUGUGACAAAUAAUUCAGUUGCAUUUAAAGAGUGUAAUUGGAUUAGUGAGAUUGUGGGUGAUGUGAUGAUGAUCAAAAAUUUUAUUUGUAAUCAUUCCAUGAGGGUGGCAAUGUACAAUGAGUUUGUGAGUUUGAAACUUCUUUCAGUUGCCGAGACACGCUUUGCUUCUUCUAUUGUCAUGCUUAAGAGGGUCAAGUUGAUAAAGCAAGAUCAAUUCUGA